UCCUCCCCCCGCAUGCACAGUGGUGCCGCCAUCGGAGACGGGGCGAGACGAGGCGUCGACCACCGUCGCCGGGGCCGGCGGCGGCGAUCCGCUGCGGCUCCCGCAUCGGCGCUGAUCGAUCGCUGCACCACUCUCCCGAUUGGUAGCUGGAGAUGGAUCUGUUUCUUCCCUUUAAGAUUGGCGAUCUCGCGGAGUACAAGUGCUUCCUGACCGGUUACAGGGGUGCAUGGUUUCGCUGCAAGGUACUUGAUAUACGUGUCAACGAGUCUGCUGGAUACCUCGAGUAUUACUUGGAGUAUAUUGACUAUACAAGUGAAGGGAAGGAAUGGGUCCAGGUCUUUGAAAAGAACCCAGCAAGCUCCAAUAAAAAUUCAAGAGAGAGUAGUCAACUCAUGAUAAGGCCUUCUUUUCCUCAAUGGUGUUAUGGACAUGAAGUUCCUGAGCAGUUCCCAAAUAGUGAUGUCACAGCAGUUGUUGAUGAAGCUUGCAAAGUAGGUGAUCUGGUUGAUUGGUUGAAUGAAGGUUGUUAUUGGUCUGGGACAAUUACUAAGUUACUUGAUGAAGAUAGGGUGGAGGUAAAGCUGCCGGCACCUCCCAUAGGUGAAGGCAAGCGGUAUCCUGCUAAUCGUAAUGACCUGAGGCCUACUCUUGAGUGGUCCCUAAUAAAUGGUUGGACGGUACCUCUUUCAAAGGCAAAUAAAAAAAGUUGGCAUGUUGCUCGUCUACUUCAACAUUCUAAAGCUGAAUCAGAGAAGAGCGCCUCAUAUGAAGAGUCGUUGUCAGAUGAUGAGUAUGGUGAUAACAGCGGAGGUGUGCAGCUAUCAGGAUGCACAGCUUCGAGUACGUCUCAGGGAGGUCCUGUUGCCCUGGCACCUCCUUCAGCCACAAACAGUGCUUCCAGCCCAGAGGCUCAAAAGGAUGGCAAUCUCCCUUCCGCAGAGAACCUGAAGCCAAGCUCAACGUCCAAAUCACCAGACCCCAGCCACAACACUCAAUCUGCUGCAACCAGCAGGCGACCUGCAGGUACCAGAGUAACUGGCAACCAAGAACCGGGUACGGGAAUCUCAAGCAUGCAAGAGCAGGGCGGGUCCCUGGUAGAAGCCGAGGCUGAUGAUGAUGGUCCAGACGAGUUUCUGGAGAAGCUGGACACGCUUGAAGCCAAACUCAAGCACCUCAUUAAGCGCACACAGGUGGAAUAGAAACCCUGCCCCGAAGUGCUGGCUUUGUGUCGUGGUUCGUCGAAGGACAAUGCGUGAGGCAAAUGAAGUGGCUUAGAAGGUGCAUCUUCACCCGGGGCCAUCGAGUGCCUGUUGUUGCUGAAUGUUGAUGUUGUAUACCGUGGCUAUAGACUGUGUGCUGAAUGAUGUUGUUGUGGCUUUCUGCCAUGGGUCGUCGAAGGACGAUGCGUGAGACAAAUGAAGUGGCUUAGAAGGUGCAUCUUCACCUGGGGCCAUCGAGUGCCUGCUGUUGCCGAAUGUUGAUGUUGUAUACCGUGGCUAUAGACUGGUGCUGAAUGAUGUUGUGAACUUUCUGGGGAGUUGUUUGUUGUAGUUGCAGGAAAAGGUAAUCCUGAUUAUAGCUGCUGUUAAGCCAUGAAUGGUAGAUGAAUUCGUAAAUACUUCAUUUUAUAGAA